AUGGUUCUGAGGGCGCAGCUGCCGCCGGACUGUGGUGGAGAGACAUUCUGUCAAGUGUCAAAGAUGCUGCUGGGCGACGACACCGCGCUUCUGCUGACCGGAAAGAUGUCCGCGGCCUCCAUUGCCGUCAGCGGCGGGUUACAGGACGUCAGCGUGGGGGCACUGACCUUCAGCUCCGUGGGACUUUUCAUGGAGUUCUCACGCGGACGCACGGCCACCUAUGGACUUGGUUUCCAAGUGGGGAUGCAGUUCCCCGUCCAAGGCACGGUGGCUCACGUGCACGGGACGUCCAGCACACAGUACCUGAAUGUUGGCGGGAAACUGCGCUGGCUUGUGGGAACUCCGACCAUCGGCGGUGCCCUUUACAUGAGGGGAGUCUGGGAACGAGCUUUUGGUAUAGACUUCUUGUCGUUCGGCAACAUCAAUAUGGGCUUGCAGUUCACUGUUGGCGCCCCGUUACCGACUGGCGGAGAGUUCGGCGGCCUGUUACAGCUAGGCUCCAACUGUUUCUCAAGGGCCGACUACUCCGCAACCGGAAACUGCUUUGGUGGCCAAGUCUACGUCGAACUGAGCAGUCAUCCGGACGACAACUACUUCUAUGGGCGGAUUGAAGCGGUCACUCUGCAGAAACUGCUGCGGGUGUUCGGGUCGGACUUCCAGAUGCCCACGUCCAUCGGAAACUCGGGCUUUCCGACGGGACUGGAGGCGUCCGGUGCCGUACGUGAGGUUGAUCUGACGUCCACUGGCGGUCCGCUCAUCCCUAUCGGCCUGACGCUCACAGGCAAGAUCGCCGUCUUCGGCCUCGCGCUGGACUCCGUGCUGAGGAUGUCGCCUACAUCACUGCUGGGUGCAAUUCGGUUGGACCCGCUCAACUUGGGAAACUUCGUCGUGCUCACCAGGGCUAGAGGUGACAGCACGGCUGGGCCCAUCAUGCAUCUGGAGACUCGCAUGUUGCCUUCAUUUGUCCUGGACGUCCACAUCCAGGGGUCCUGUCAGCUGUUCGGGGUGAGCCAUGACCUGAACCUGACGCUGUCCGACGCGCGGUUAGAGGCGCGGGUACAUCAGAACCUGUUCGGUCUGUUCGACACGGAGCUGUACCUGUCCGCACCGUUCGGGGGUGACGUCACCAGCCUGCCCUUCACGGCCAGGGUCACGUUCAAGACCGGAAUCGACCAGCUAGUGGAUCAGAUAUCUAGGUGGUUGGACACUGCCUUCAACGAUGCCCACAGUGCCCUGCGCAGAGCGAGGGACGACGUGGCCGCCGCCAAACUCGAGUGUCAGCGAGUCCUGGACAUCCAGUGCGAGAACUGCAUGACUAUGAGAUGUCAGCAGGCAGCAGACGACUGUAACGGUUUCUUCGACGACGUCGGUAACUUUAUCGUGGACACCGCCAGCACGGUCGGCGAUUGGUUCGUGGAGGCGGGGAACACCAUCGCGGACGGAGCGGUGGCGGCGUGGAAUGAGGUGGAGGACUUCUUCAGCAGCUGGGGGCGCCGGCGCAGGCGCGCUGCUCUCCGAUUGGCACAAAGGUCCGACCAGACUCGCUUCAACCUGCUUUGUGACGGACUAGUGGACUACGGGUGCCAGGCGGUGAGCCACCUGUGCCAGGGCUCGUGUAUCGCCGUGGAGUUUGUGGCCCAGGGCACCUGCAACAUACUGGACGUCGCCACGGGCACCCUGAACCUGGUGGAGGCCACCAGCGGCUGGGUGGAGCUCGCCGUCAACUGGCUCAUGGACAUCUUCCAGCUGCACGAGGUGCGCUUCGACACAACGCUGAAUGUCAAUAGUCUGGACAAUACGUACAUCCGCACCUACCUGGACCUGACGGUUUUCGGACAGCGCACAUCCCUGGAUCUUGAGGUGAACUUCUCGGACAUCCCGGGCUCUGUUGUCAGGAUCGCACAGGCCGCUCUCAACUUCUUUAAGGACCUGUUCAACCUACGGCGCAUGCGCCACGGUCCUGGGUAUUACCUGUCACAGGAGUACGCCACCAAGGACAAAAUAUUCGAGAGGGCGUAUGCAGAUAUGAUGAUGAAGAGGCACCAGCAGCAGGGCUGAAGAACGUCAGUAAUCAGCUAGUAGAAUCCUGAAACUAGCGAAAGGAAAUUGUUGUGUCACUGUGUUGGUCUUGCUGUGACGUGUACCCAGAAGUACGGCGUUAUUGUUUAGUUCUCACAACACAGCAAUAAUACUAAUAAAAUACGUAUAUGUAUCUCUACAUGAA